UUUGAGAACUCCAGUUUUACUCUUUCAGCCCUGUGAGCACUAAAAAGGCGUUUUUAUCAGGCUCAUCGUAGGUUCGGCCAAGUCCACAAUAAUACGAUGGGUGGUAAAGGCCCGACAUAUUCGGGACAGACCAUCAAAUCUUAAAAAAUUUCUGCUGUUAUUCGACUCGUUCUGGGUUCCUCAGAGAGAUUAAUCGUUCGGCCAUCGACGAACGGUUAAGAUGGAGCAUAUUUUCAAAUACGAAGUUAUUAAUGGUACAUAUGUACUUAUCAAACAUGGAGGAUGUAUAUCAGAUGCUCUUUUAAUUACACAAGAACAUCUUGGAUUCAAUUUGGAGUUAGUUGAAGAAGUAGAUGAAGGUUUAAGACUGGAUAAUGGUUCCUGGACAGGCCGCAUCGGAUACGUUCAAAGAAAUGAGACAGAUCUCGGAUUACCGACUGGAAUUUCAUACGAUAGAAUCGAUGCUGUCGAUUACAGUAAUACUCGAGAUGUUUUGGCAGUGAAGUUUAUGACUGCUAAACCCAAUGAACUAUCAAAAAUGUUGGCCAUAAUUUAUCCUUUCGACUUAUCGGUAUGGAUAGCCAUGUUGAUCGCUUUUAUCGUUGCUGGAUUAUCUUUUUACUUUAUCUUAAAUUUGAAUUCAAAAAUAAACAACACGAAACGCAUUAAAAUAUAUGAUAUUUUAUGGGCACUUUUUUCAACAUUUUCUAAUCAAGGCAGCGAUUUGUUUGAAGUUCAAGGAUACUCCAGAAUAGUGGUGUUUUGUUGGUUAACGUCACUGUUUAUUUUAGUGUCUAGUUACGGUGGCGCUCUCAUGUCUUUUCUAACCUUUUCCGGUUACGAAUAUGUGCCCGAAACUUUCCCCGAAUUGAUCGAAGAAAUGAAAAAGGGACAUUAUACAGCAUCUGUUUUAUUCCAUACAGGAAUAGGAAAAUAUAUUUUGGAUGCAACAGAAGAAUCAUCUGUGUUUUUCGAAUUAAAAAAAUUAACAAUGGAAGGUAAAGUACUAGAUGUGAAACCGACUGACGAUGUUUACGAAUAUCUUUUGAAACCUAAACACGCUCUUAUCGAGUAUGAAGGUGAUGAACUGAUGUACAUGAGUGCAUUAGGAGAAGAUCAGUAUUUACUAUCGAAAGAUACUCUCUACACUCAAUUCGAAAUAUAUGCAAUAGCUAAAGGAUACCGAUAUAAAAAGGAAAUCAAUACGGUAAUGCGCAGAUUAACAGAAUCGGGGAUAAUUCCACAGUUAGAUCGUAUCCAAGAGAAUUUAGUCCGAAAUAAAAAACUGGUGAGGAAUAACCAUGACAUUCAAGCAAAACCGCUUUCUGUUCACGAUUUAGUUGGGGCUUUUAUGUUUCUUCUGAUUGGUUAUGCUUUAUCCAUAAUUAUGUUUAUUUUGGAAUUGUCAAAAAAAGUUAAAAAACGAAAAAUUAGUCUUCAUGACUUAAACAAUAUUAGUUAAAAUUAGAAAAAAAGCGUUCUUAUGAAUAUACACUAUAUUUUU